UGCUUAUCCGUAUGGAAUACGCAAGCCGGGUGCAAAUGCUCGAACAAACCCCGGAUGUAAGUAAUCGAGGAUAAGCUUAUCCGGCUUAUCCAGUGUCUUGUACAGCAAACAAACGGGUCAUAGGUUGAGAAGACGGUAGGAUAGAAGUCAACCCGGUCGAGUAGUGUAGGAGUAGUAAUGGGUUUUGUAGGGGGGGUAAAAUUGGCAUGGGGAUCAUGAGAGAGCAGAGAGGCUCUUCGUCUUCGUCGUCGACAUCGCCCUGUGCCCAUCUCAGAAUCGCUUACCACAAUUGCUUCAACAGGUGGUAUUCUGAGAAGUUCGUGAAGGGUAAUUGGGAUAAGCAGGCAUGCACUUCAGAGUGGAAGAAAUACAGAGAUUGUCUCGCACAACAUUUAGAGGAUAAGCAUCUGAGUCGCUUCUUAGAAGCCGAAGGGGUUGGCAAUUUUGCUGAUGAAGCCGAUUCUAAGAGCCCAGAUAGUGUCUCCAAAAAACUAGGCGGCAGGAGAGAGCAAAGAGGCCACCAUACUGCUAGGCAUCUGGAGAAACUGAAGACACAAAAGGAGAAAAGAGAGAAUACAGAGCAGGAUGGUGCUUUUCGAGAUGGAACAGAUUUCCUGUUGCUUCAACUAGAGUCAUUGGAUGUGUUGAGGAUUAUUAUACCGCGGUUUCUUUGUAAUCGUCACAAUUUUGUGACUUUCAAAAAUUUGUAAUCUAAGAUGCAGUGGUGGUGAUUUCA